GUCAGCUCACACUUCAACUCUCCCCUCACAGUUUGCAGUCACAUGUCGCUCUUGCUCUCAUUUCUCUCAAAGCUCAGAGAACCAGCGAACAGCCAUGAGCUACUACCAGCAGCCCACCCAGGUGGUGACAGUCACCCAGACCGCUCAGAGUCCUGGGCAGUGGAGCACCGGGCUGUGCGAUUGCUGCUCUGAUAUAGGCACCUGUUGCUUUGGAUAUUGGUGUUUCCCCUGCAUGCAGUGUGAUACAGCCAACAAGCACGGAUGGUGCUGCUGCAUGCCGCUCCUGGACAUUUUCUGUGUGGUGUCCUGUUUACUCCGCAAGUCCAUCAGAGAGCGCCACAACAUCCCUGGCUCGUGCUGCGACGACUGCUGUAAAGUAUAUUGGUGUUACCCGUGCACCUGGUGCCAGAUGCAUCGCGAGGUGAAGAUCAGGGGAAACCAGCAGCUCAACACCUCGACGGUGGUCACCACGCAGAUCGUCCGUGGAUAGAAUGUGACCAUGUUGGCUGUGGGCCGAGUGAAUGCGACAAAGUUAGUUGUAAUAAUUUUUCAGUGAUGAAGCAAAUAAGAUUACUUGUUGUUUACCAUUUCUGUUUCUACAGCAAGAAGUGAAAAUGUAGCCUGGCACCCAGAAUGCUUUCUCACAGCUCAGCAUUGAUGAUCGUGUGGUUUACUGCACAGCGAUGUGUAAUUGUUUCAUAGAAUUAAGCCUGGUUUUUAUAGCCUUGAAUUUCAUAUUGAAGCCAGAUGUUUUGAAUUUUAAAGUUUUUUUUUUACUCCAGCUGAUAAAAUCUGUAUCAUUUAUGCACUCUGUUAUUACAAUACUAUCCAAGUUGAAAUAAACCUGUGUUAAAAUAACAAUU